UUCUGCCCGCGUCUCUCGUUGAGAUGAAGGUUCCCGAGAAGGAGUUGAUGAGUGACAUUUUGAAAUGUUUGACAGGCGAGCCUGUGCUGCCGGUGUACAGAAACAUUGAGAAGUUCAAACGUGGGAAAGACGGCUCGUACUUUGUUGCUGAAGACCUGAACAAAAUCGCCCUGAAGCGAGAGCUGGUCAACGCCAAGGAGCGACUGAGGAUCAGGAACUUGAACUCCAUGUUUUCCCGACUCAAGCGAAUGGUUCCCAUCAUGCGACCGGAUCGCAAGCCCAGUAAGGUUGACACUCUCAAAGCUGCCGCAGAGUACAUCCGUCUGCUCCUGGCUGUUUUGCAAGACGCAGAUGCUCAAAAUGGCAACAGAACUGAUUUCCUGAAGAACGCAAUCACUUAUGGCCAGGCAGAGAUGAACAAUGACCUGUGGAACGUCGAUGAUUUGCUGGAAAUGUCAGAGGAGUACAUCGAUGAUGAGUUCACCUUGCUGUCUGAGCCUGUGUCAGACGAGGGGGACAUGUCCAGAAUGAUGAUCCAACAAUGUGUGAUGCCUGGAUACCAGUUCAUCAUACACUUGGCUCCUGAUCAGACCACGAUGACUCAGCCUGGUUGAGAAGUAUGAAAAUUAGAAGCUAAAGAACAGAGUUUAUGAAAGAUGUGCUGCUUGGAAAGGAAGAAUUCUCACCCAAAUUCUGUCAUAUUUGAAUUGCUGUUUUCUUUUGUAAUUUAAUUUCUGGAACUAAUGAAUCUGUUUUUAUUUUUGUCUUCGAAAUGCAUGUUUGGCAG